AUGGAGCUCGACUCGUUGUAUCAUUUAUUACAACACAGUUGCUGGGAUGUCGAUAGUCAUGCGCGCCUUUGGCAGAUUGAACCUGAACACGACCACGGUUACAUUGCACGAGUACCUCCCGUAAAUAGCGGUUUUUCAGCAUUGUCGCCCAACUGUCGGACUUUAUUGCUGUCAAAUCUUUCAGGAGCAAUCGAACUUUACCCUCUGGGACAAUCCAAGUUAAAGCAAUCUUUCAAAUAUGUUUCUGACGCUACUAGGAAUGUACCGCUUGAAGUUGCGUUUACCCACAAUGGUCAAGUCGUCCUAUCUGGUGCCCCCCGUGGAAACGUACCCCUUUGGGAAACUAAGACGGGAGACCUUAUUCAAACUCUCACUCAUGAAGAUGACUUGAUUCAGAUUAUUUGUGCUAAACAAUAUCGGACCACUGGUUACAUUGCUGCCGCUGCCGCUGAAAAAAGCGAGUCAACUUACAUCAGAAUAUGGAAAGCACAGCUCACUUCGGAUGCCCGGGAGUCAUUGCUUGAUUCAUUGACAAGCACAUGGAAAUUCUACAUCUAUGCCAAUGUCGAGGAAAAUGUUCGAGAGCUCCAGUUUUAUAUCUUGGGAGGUAUUGCUCUCAUCGUGGCCACGUAUGCGUUCUAUCGCGACAGCACCUCUAUGGAAGUGAAAUUACAACUGCUAGUAUGUAUGCCUCUACGCCUAUAUGCCACCCAUUAA